UCAUGGUGACCCUCAUGCCGACAAGAAAGAUAAAAAAUCAUCUAGGUUUAGCCUGACAUUCGGGAAGACGAGUGCUAAUAAUAGACAGCUUCUAUUUUCAUUUGGAUGAGGUUCACUUCUUUUCUCAAAGUGCGUUUGUCUUUUGCUCUCUUGCUAUCUGUUUGGCUAUAUGACUUAAAAUCUACGUGUUGGAAAAUGUCAAAUUGACAAAAAUGAAAAUGCGACAUUCUGGGAAUACUCCAUUGAGAUUACCAAUCAGUGAGGGAAGAAUCAUAACCAAAUACAGCCCGACCCAGGACUGACAAUGACAAAUUGAGACAGGUGUCUCAUAAUGUCCAGGGCAGAAGAAGUGCACAUUGAGGAGGAGCGGCCAGAAGAGGGCAUGACUCUCUUCUCUAGCUUUGUCGUGGGCAAUAGUGAUGACCGGGGAAUAACUAACUUGAAUUAUAGUGAACCAGACGAUAGCCUGUCCAAGAAUGGCGAGAACGGAUCAGAUCUUCGUCACAGAGGACAGCAGAUUGACGAGGACGUGCGGAGCUCUGUGGGUGUGGCCGAGUUUGAAUGUUGUUGUUGUUAUGAGCUGAUGGUGGAGCCCACUACAUUGGACUGUGGACAUAGCCUGUGUCGCCACUGCCUGGCCCGCUGGUUCCUCCAAUCUAAAAAAAAGCAGUGUCCUCAGUGUAAGCAGACAUGGACUGGCCACCCAAAAGUCAACGUAAUACUCAGAAACACAAUAGAGGUGCUGUUUAACACGGAAUUGGUGGAGCGGAAGGCAGAGUUGUACUCAGAUGAGGCAGUGAAGGACAAGAUCCGUCAGUUUGACCAGAAAUUAGCGGCCAGCCUUAACCAGAGUGGGGAGGAUCAGCAGCAAGGCUUCUGCAGAGGGCUGGCCUUUUCAGUCUUCACCGUUCUGAUCCUCUAUCUGUUGUGGUACUGGGGACAUAGUGAUUAUGAUUUACUGGUUAAUAAGCCCAUCCAGCACUGGAGAGCAUCUGAUGUAGAGCACUGGUUGGGAGAACUUGGGACCUGGGCUCAACCAUAUGCUGAACGAGCUAGAGAGGCUGGGAUAGAUGGAACUUUGCUCAUGAACAUUGAUGAGGAAAACAUAGCCUCAGUCCUAAACAUCACAACACCUUUACAUGUGCGAGCAUUUCUGUCUAGUCUCAGCUUAGCCAAGAGUUUGGGGGUCAAACCACCACAGAACUUAUGGGAUUUUAAGGCCCUUUACCGUGGACAGACCCUGUUCUUACUGUACGGCAUGAAGGACUUCCCUCGCGUCACUAUCCUUUUCUCCUAUAUGUUUGCCUAUGAUGAAGUGUUUGUACCGUUUGUUCAAUUCACCUGUCAGGCAGAGGGGGUCUCCCUGGAUGAGUAUCAUGUAGGCAAGUUCCCUGCCCCCACAGCCUCCCAGCUGAGAGAGUUCAUCUUUAAGCUGCUGCUCGUCCCUUACUACUUGAUCAUCUCAUUCACCUGGCAUUGGCUGGAUGACCACUACUGGACAGCACGCCUCAUCCUCAUCAACUGUGUGGCCAGCACUAUCCUGGAGAUCAUCUCCAUCUGGAGGUUCCUCAAGGGCAACUGGAGGUCCCUCUACAGCCGUGUGACGACCUACAUCAGGAGCUGGCUAUCUAUAGGGCUGUUUGCCGCUGUCUGGCCUCUUAUACCCGUCUUUUUCACAGACUGUAUUUUUUAUAUUGCUCUCUUUUACUCGCCUCUGCUCUCAAUAGAAAGGUUGUACAUGGAAUUUGUUUAGCAUAUGUGGAUAUUUUAAUUUUGACCUCUGUCAGUGAGAUGGCUUUGUUUAAAUACAACAUUAAAUCGCUUAAAUUCUCUUUCACCAAAUAUUUUAAAUAGAUUUUCCGGUGAAUGUUUUAUCCGUUACAAGCAGGUGUGAAAAUCACUUUUUCUUUUUGUCUGAAGGUUGACUUCCUGUCUUUCAACUUGAUCCAUGGACCUGUAAGUCAAAUUUUUCAUGUUCUGACUUCCACCAUGGGACUGUCAUUUAGGUUUUUGAUAUACUAUCUUUUAUGAUGGGUUGUCAGCCUGCCAGUCAAACUUUGACAUCCUGUAUUUUAAGACGAGUCAUUGGCCUACCGGUCCAGUUUUUGACAUUAUGUCUUUUAGGAUGAGUCAUUGGCCUGGUGGUCAAGUCUUUGACAUUAUGUCUUUUAAGAUGAGUCAUUGGCCUAUCAAGUUUUUGACAUUAUGUCUUUUAAGAUGAGUCAUUGGCCUAUCAAGUUUUUGACAUUAUGUAUUUUAUGAUUGACCUGAAAUUUUAAAGUUUGAAAUGGGCAUUCUUCAGAAAUAGGAGAAGUAAAAAUCCAAAUCCUGUGUGUUAGCAGUGAAAACAAACCCAAAACAAGAAACAGGGGGUGUGGACUCAGGUUACCUCCUGACAAACAUACAUGUACAUAUCCAUCACCACUACUGCUGCUUAACAGCAUAUUAUUUUAGCCUGCGGUGUAAUUUUUUGAUGUAUAGGAUCCUUGUUCUGUUUGUUCAUUGUUUGUACAUAAAUGGACAGGUUUAUUAGUCAAGUUGUAUGUUCCCACCAUGCAGAAAGGUGGCAGAAAACAGCUAGCCUAAUGAGAAAGACAGGACUAGUCAUACAGCAGACUACAGUGACUGUAAAGGAAGAAUGACAGUGGUACUGAGGUCAGUGAGAAUAUAUUAUGGGUGUUUUUUUUUUUCUUUUCUUUUCUUUUGCCAAGUGAGACAUAAAGUUGAUAUUUAUUCUUCUAUUUAACCCAAGGUACAUGUACACUAUGUUUUGAUCUCCUUGAUCAAUACUUUUUUUGUGGUUCAGGUUAUAUUUUACAGAGUUGUAUCAUUUUACACUACAGCUGUGUGCAGACUUUUUUAUAGGGUUUCACCGUUCAGCCUGGAGAAGGCCAAAAUUUGGCCUACAUGUACAUGUAUAUCUGUAGGAAACACGACCCAGUACACAUGUGGAAACUUGUUGACUGUUUAGCCAACAUAACAAUAGAUGUAAAAUAUAUGUAAGAUAUUGAAAGUUCUUUCGAAUUCUGCCAAGAAGUAGAAGCAACAAUUGUCAUAUAGAAGAGUCUAAGUGAUUUAGUUUACCUUCAUUUGAACAUAUUUUACUUCUGUAUAGUUUGCAUUUCUUGCAUGGGAGCUUUGCUUCUCCUAAAUAAUUAGCUGGUUAGGGGUGUAUAAAGGUGCUAGACCAUUAUGCUGUCCAUUUUCCCACUUCUGGUAUGGCUAUAUUGUAUCUGUGAUAAAUGGUAGUGUUGUAUUUGUUAUGAGGAGGAAGUGGCCCACCCUGUUUCAUCACCCUGACCAGUCUGUUGUUAUAGAGGUAUUGUUGAGGUUCCAAUCUUUCAUAAAAUCGUUCUAGACAAGUUAGACAUCAGCUUCCGUCUAUUUCAGGGGAAUGGUUUCAAACAUUCCUUAUGCCAUUGUCCACCACUUAGAAAUUCAGCGUUGGGAUAAAUAUAUGUAUAAAUAUGUAGUUAUUCAUGUCUACACUCGCUAUAGUCUCAUUACUGAAGCAUUGCAGUAGUGUCCAAAACCACCCAUCCAUACCUUGUCACUAAUACCUUAUGAAGUCAAGACUGCUAAAUGAGGAUAAAUUAUUAUAUUUUCAUUAUAUUUUUGUCUGGGUACUGAGACCAUAUACAGCUAUUAGCAUGGAUAACCGGUUUCCUGAACUUUAUAAUUUUCCUAAUGUAGCUACUGUUGCUUUGAAAAGUUUGUCGGAAGUUUUCCAUACCUAUAUCUGAUCCCUUGGUAUUUCAGGCAAGGGAAAUGACGUCUCUGAGUAAAACUUCACCACAGAACAUAUAAAUUUUAGACAUAGUGAUCACUGACCUUUUCAUGCUUUUUUAAAAAUUUUGUGUGAUAAUGACAUUUAUUCUUGUCUCAAAUAAAGAUACUGAAAUUUA